AUGGCUCCACUGAAUUUAGGUGCUCCUGAAACUGCUCCUGAAACUACUAUUCAUUCUCUACCCAGGGGAACCCCAGGCAGCGCAAGUUUGGACUUGGCCUGUCCCGUUGAUGUUAUUUUGUCCAAAUGGGAUGACAUAACAGUCAUACCAACAGGUAUUAAAGGCACCUUACCUCCGGGUACGGUGAGACUCGUGAUUGGCCGGAGUUCAAAUAUCAAUAAACAUUUGGAAAUUGUGCCAGGGGUGGUAGACUCGGACACUGAAUCAGAUAUAAAAGUAAUGGUCAAACCAUUGAAAGAAACCAUACAGUUACAUAAAGGCCAAAGAAUAGCCCAAUUGUUAUUGCUGCCCUACAUCCCUUUGCCAACGCCUGUUCUUACAGGAAAAAGAGGCUUGGGACAGUUCAGGUCUACGGACAUUGCGGCCUGA